UACACGAUUGUAGCAAAAGUAACUAGUGGCAAUAAUGUCUUUCUAUUCGUAUAUUGGUGCGUUAACGGUAGCUAUUAUUUCUUACGCCGUGUACCAAAAGUAUAUUAAUUAUAAUACUAGUAUUAUUACAAAACCUGAUAAACGUUAUGAUUAUAUUGUGGUAGGCGCUGGCACUGCGGGUUGUGUGAUAGCGACCAGGCUUUCAGAGGAUCCAAAUGUGAAGGUGCUGCUGAUAGAAGCCGGAGGUUAUAUGGGAUAUUUCACCAAUAUACCUCUAACGGCUACCGCGGCACAACAGGGACCAAAUGAUUGGUCAGUUCGCGCUAAACCUCAGAAGUAUUCGUCUUUCGGAAUGUGGGAUCAGACUCCAAUAUUACCAAGAGGAAAGGGACUAGGUGGCUCUGGUCAAAUCAACUUCCUCCUGCAUGGGUUCGGUCUACCUGAAGAUUAUAACCGGUGGUCGCGCCUUGGUUUCGAAGGAUGGACCUUCAAAGAUCUAAAACCAUAUUUCAUGAAGGCAUUCGGAACUACUGAGAGUGAAUACGAAUCGCCUUGUUUGUCUGCUGGUUACUGUGAUGAGACAAAGGCGCCAAUGCAACUAAAGCUUGUAGAGGAUAACGAGCUAACAUCUAUAUUCAAGCGUGCGUCUUCUCGAUUGGCGGACAGGUACACGCUGUUUCGGCGUGCGACAGCUGCGGUGCGCGAUGGUCGACGUUAUCAGGCAUAUAAUGCCUAUUUGAAGCCGGCAUUGAAUAGACCCAACUUGCAUGUUAUGUUGAAAACCCAGGCGAUUUCGGUUAGGUUUGAGAACAACGCCGCAUCUUCACUUUAUUUAUUAGCAGACCACAAAUACCUGAACAACAUAUUUGUGGAUAAAGAAAUAAUUCUGUGCGCUGGUGCUAUCAAAACUCCACAGAUUUUGAUGCUAUCCGGGAUAGGACCUAGGGAUUUAUUGAAAAGACUUAAAAUUCCACCAGUAUCAGAGAACAACAACGUCGGUAGAAAUCUUCACGACCAUAUGAACGUACCCAUAUACGUUAGCAUCAAGAAACCGAUCAGCGUCACACUGGCAAAGGUCUUCACUUUGUCUACAGCUUGGAAUUAUUACUGGAAAGGAGAAGGAUUAUUAUCGUUUCCACCAGUAGCAGGUGUGGAAUACAAAAACACGUCUGCCCUAAUGCUGUUUGCGAUGGGUUCGACCAGUGAACGACUUUUAAGCGAUCUCUCUAACUACAAGCCACAGGUGUUCCGCGACUCGUUUCCAUUCCACAACGAUACAAGCAAGGAGGGCUUCGUGUUCCUGGCCGCUUGUACCCAGCCCAAAAGUAGGGGGAGUGUCACACUACGGGACACGAGCACCACUAUACCGGUGGUGGUCAAUCCGAACUACUUGCAGCAGGAUUGGGACGUCAAGUGCAUGGUAAAAGCUGUUCGCAGAGCAGAAAGGCUAGUUUCCACGAAGCCCUUCAAGGAGAUAGGUGCAAGGAUACACUGGCCCCGACUCGAGAGAUGCUUGACCUUCUGGCGAUACUCCAAACAGGAUCAGAUCGGUCUACAGAAACGGAGGAAAAAGAUAAAGUCUCAAACAGCAGAGAAGCCAAAACCCAGAGCGAGUCCACCAAACGAAUACUUAGAAUGCUUGAUUCGAGAAAUAGCUGUGACUGGUCAUCACGUUAGUGGUACUGCGGCUGGCGGUACUGUGGUGGACAGUGAGCUUAGAGUGAAAAACGUAACUGGACUUAGAAUAAUGGACGCAAGUGUGUUCCCAUCACCAAUCUCCUUAUAUCCAAACUCAGUUAUCAUAGGAAUGGCGGAAAAAGCAGUAGACUUGAUCAGAAGUAACGUGUGAUUGUUAAUAAAUGUAUGAAUAUAC